AUGAUCUCUCCCAUCUCCCUCAAGGCCGUCGGUGCCGGUGCUGCCGUUUAUAUGCUGGGCCAGCAGGUUCAGUGUCCCUUCAUUGCCAUUCCUCUCAUUAGCGAUGCUGUUGCCAUGACCGUCGCCCAGGUCGGCUCAGCUGCUGCUAGCUUCGGUGGUGCCAUUGCCGCUGGCCACUUUGCCGGCACCAGAGAUCUGCAUGACCGUGACACCAAGGUGACCGCUCCUGCUGGCGUGCCUCAGUACAACUUCGAUAUGUGUGCCGAUAGCUUGGCCGACCCCGCCGUCACAGUCACCGUUAGCGGUCCCGUUGAGAACAAUGGCGUCAAGGUUGAGGGCCUUCCCUCUACUUGCAUGGUCCUUUCGAACGUUUUCGACGGCGAUGCAGCUGGUGGUCCCGUGCCUACUCCUUGUGGCUCUGCAUGCCUUCUUUACAACAACUUGAAUGCCGAUCAGUAUGGCCAGAUGCAGGCCAUUUUUGAGAAGAUGAAGAACUUGUAA